CACUUGGAGACAAACCAUGCCGAGGGAGAAACUCCCUUUGUCGUCGCUGACAAACCUGCAGAGGCCAAGGGCGGUCACAUUUCUGAAAAAGAAGAAGACCCUCAUUAUAUCGAAUGUCCGGCAAAAGACUGCGGGGAAGUCCUGCUCGCCGCCGACCUGGGCUAUCACCUAGAACUCCAUGCCGCUGAGCAAGGUGGCAGCGCUUCUUCAGAGACUGAGACUGGCAGUCCCAUCAUCACCCCUUCCGCUCCAUCUCCAUCCCCAAAAGGUCAGUCUCCGCCGGCAAGGAGGCCAACAACGUCGACACGCACUCCUCCCUCCCAUUCUUCAAGCUCUUCACCUAGACCUAGUACUACUUCUUCUUCUUCGAAAGCCCACCGCGGCGAGACUGAAGGUCACCGCCGUGGGGAGCGCAAGGACGACCAUCACAGCGACAGGAAUAGAGACAGCAACAAGAGCAAAUCGAUAUGGCGGGCCUUUUUCGGAAUCCAUCACCCCCGUCACUCCUCUGAUGCGCCCUCGAUGUCUCCUAAGCCUCCAAAGAAGCGCCAUAAAGAGAAGGUAUCCGAACGACUGGCUGAACGAGCCUCGGGGGGAACUGCCAAAGUUAUGCGAGGAACCCGACUUGGUAAGGCGCAGCUCGGCAAGUAUGCACACGAGGAGCAGAUGCCGGAUUGGCUCGUCAAGCACCUGGAGAAGGGACUUUAUGUGAAAGCUGAAGGUAGCAUUAUCCCAGUCUUGGCACAGCUGUUCGAGCAAUGUUCUUCCACAAGACAUGCCUUUUUGUGCCACCCGAGCACAAAUCAUGUGUCGAAACUUAAGAGGGAAGGCGGUUUCUGUGGUUAUCGCAAUAUCCAAAUGUUGUCUUCGUACAUCAUCGGUACCAAAUACCCAGGCUACCAACAUUUCUGCGGGGGGAUCCCCACGAUCUUUAAUAUUCAAGAAAUGAUCGAAACUGCAUGGGACCACGGGAUCAACGCUCAAGGAAGGGUUGAAACAGGCGGCAUCCGCGGUACCAGAAAGUACAUUGGGACGCCUGAGGCGAUGGCUAUGCUCCGGUUGUUGCAAAUUCCUUUCGACGUCCAAGCCUUCAAAAACCCCGAGCCCGGCCACUCCGAAAAAGACCUACUAGACAUGGUCGAGCGGUACCUCCAAACGGGCAUCUCUGUCCCCGAAGAUACAGAUCUUACCACUCAGCAGAUUAAGAAGGUCUGGCAGACCGACCUACCGCCAAUAUACUUCCAGCACGCGGGCCACUCGAUGACGAUCAUCGGGCUGGAGUACGAUAAGUCGGGUGCGCGGAACCUGCUUGUUUUCGACCCCAUGUUUCACGAUGCGUCGAAUGUCACUAAACACGUCGGCCGGGAUGUGCAUGUCCACCAUCACCUACACCCUCUUGCGGCGAAUAUGGUGCUUAAUCCUUACCGACGCGGGAGUAAGUAUCUGGGAAGGUUUAGGGAGUUUGAAGUCAUUAGGUUGAGGCCGCGUCCAGAGAUAAAUGCAUAG